UAUUGGCGAUAACAGAUUUCAAGUGCGACAAUGGGAUAAACAAAUAAUUAACAUGGAUUCAAGGUUACUGGACACUUAAAAAGAAAUCCCCAACUGUAAAAUAUAUGUAUAUAAAGCACCAAUAAAUGAAGACAACCACUCCAGUUACAACUAAACUUUUAAGAGCUACACAUCAUCUGGCCCAAAAAAAAAGAAUAAAAGGACAUGGUUACCUAUAAAAUAUUAAUAUUUCUAAUGGCCCUUGGUUGGUCGGCCACAGCUUCUGAGAUUGCCCCGCUGAACAGACCUUUUGUUCACCCCCAGUGUCCCAGAGUUGAUGAUCCGUAUAAAACAACUUUGUUGCCCUAUCCAUAUGACUGUUCAAAAUAUUAUAGUUGUCUAAAUGGAUUGGCCUAUUUGAGACAAUGUCCUGGCAAUUUCCUGUGGAAUCCUUUAAAUCAACUCUGUGAUUAUGCCGAAAAUGUACAGUGUUCUCAACAAUCAACAGAACUUCCUCCCCAACCAAGUGGUGACAUUGUUUCCUAUCGGCCUUAUCCCAAUGAUUGCAAUCGCUACUAUAGAUGUGAGGCAAAGUUGUGUCCACCAAGCUAUUAUUGGAAUUCGUACAAACAGCAAUGUGAUUUACCCGAAAUGGCUCAAUGUCCUUAUACACCGGUGAUGCCACCAACAAUUACACCACAGCCCCCCACAAUACCAACUGCUGGCACCGUACCACCCGUAGUUGUUGAUCCCACUGCUGGAGAGGAAUGUCAAGAAUGUAAUGCAUGGUGUUUGGGCCAGGGACACAUCUAUUUGCCUUAUCCCCAGGAUUGUCGCAAAUUCAUACAAUGUAAUGGUCUGGCCUAUAUUCACAAUUGCCCCGACCAAUUGUUGUGGAAUGAUGUCUUAAAGACCUGUGAUCGUUUUUGUAUUGGUAAAAAUUCACCAAUCAUUCCGGCACUUGCUGAGUAAAUGUUUAUAACUAUGCGU